AACAAUUACAGGAUGAAAAUGUAAAAAGCGGACAAAACAAUCAAGCCAACAACUUUCUUACCUUAUUCAUCUUUGCCGUUUUUUCUCUGAGGAGAAGAUGGAAGAUUCGGUUCUCUGAGUCGGCUCUUCGAAUCGCCUUUUUGAGUCUUACGCUGGGAGUCGGCUCGCAGAGCCGUUUGGUGAUCGGUUCGCCGAAAAUGAACGCUUGAGUUUGUUUUUGAAAUUGCGUGCGCGAGUGUCUUACAGUGAGUACGGAAGGCUUAUGUAGAAAGGUAUCUUUUCGCUGGUUACUUUGAUCGGGCAGUGGAGGAAAGCUAAACUUGUCAAACGGAUUUAUACUUGAGGUAUUUAGAAAAAUUCACGAAACACGUAUUCAUUUCUACCUCGUUUCUAUACACAGUUGGUGGUAUGGUAUUGAGGUUAAGUAUUACGUGUGUGUGUGUGUGUGUGUAGGUAUGGAUGGCACUAGGGUGAGCCCCAUGUCCGAUUGGCUAAAUUCUGAUGUUUUCAUCAUAUUUGUGGUUGUCCUGCUGCUCACAGUUAUUGCCAUCUUUGCUGUCUGCUGGGUCUUAAGGCGUCGUCGUACACGCAAAACAGCAGAAAAAAUGGCAGAAGUUGAGAUCAUACCUUUUACCAAUUCAGGUAGAAGCAGUAGACCUAGAUUCACCCUGAGGGUCAUCACAGAGCAGAAACAUGCCUCAGAGAUCGUUCAGAUGUUAACAGGCCAAAUUUGCUCCACUGUAGACCCAGUGUGCGCCACUGAUGAUGUCUCUGCUGUAAUUGCAGAGGUUAUUGAUACUUCUCAAGAUCAGUCUCAGAUACACGCUUUGUCUUCCUGUCGCACUGAAACAGACAGCACACUCCACACUGGACAGCAGGUCAGCUCACUGGACUUGCAAACUGCCAAUCCUAAUGAACAUGUUGACUCAACUGGGAUUACUGAUAAUAAUGAAGAAAAUGAUGCUAGUAAUAAUGGAACAUAGCUGUAAUACCCGGCUGUACAAGCCAUCAUAGAAGCCAAGUUUACUGAGUUAACGAUAUACAUAAAUGUUAAACUGCUUUUUUUUUCUGUGUUCCUGUUUAAUAGCCCCUUACAUACAUAUGUAUAUAUACAGACACGUGUGUGUGUGUGUGUGUCUGUUAUAAAGAAAAGCAAAUGAUCAUUAAACUUAAUGAAAGGAGUCUUCAGUGUCACCAUUUUGUAGUGCAUCACAAUCAAGGGUUAGUCUGAGAUUCCAUUGAAAAUAUACAGUGACAGUUUCCAAUUUACCCAAGCUAAAGGCAGAGUUUGAGUAUUAUGAAACAAUCAUGUCUAUUUUUAAUUCCAAGUGUAAGCAUUCUGACGUAUUAAUAAGCACUUGAUA